AGCACCCAACGAAUCGCCUUAUUUCUUCAGAAAGGGAUAACGACCGAAAAUGCAUCUCGACGAACACAUCAAUCGAAAUUUGUUUCGUGAAGAUUAGGCAUAGCUUAAAAAUUGAAGAAAACUAUCAACUAACACUUGGAUCUAUAUUGAUCCUUUUCACACGGUGGAGUGAAUACUGGGCUUUGACGGAAACUAUUAAUAAUAGAUGACCGAAUGAAAUAAUUCUGGCCACAUAAACGCUCUGUAACUUGGCCCAAAGUCGAAGGCCUAGCGAGAAUUAGGACUUCAAAGAGUCCUCUUCGUGACGAAAUGAACUUAAAGUCGAAAUGGUGGCUUUUAAUAGGAACUAUACUUAGCCAAAUUUGGCUACCUUGGGCAACUGCCAAGAAGAACAUCGCCCUAAAGCAAUUAUUGAAAAAAGAAGAGCAGUUAUCCGAAAAUACCAGAGUUAAAAAGGUAAGUUUGGGCAACCUAAAUUUGGUUAAAUAUUUCUGUGGUAGAGGUCACAGGUAUGUUUAUUUGAGAAAUAAGGCGAUCAAAAUCCAGAUUGUUUUGAUUAGCGAAGACGACCAUGUAUAGGCUGCCUCGCAACGCCGAAGUUGAUCCAAAUCAGCGCCCGGGACCAGUAAUUACUCGAAAAAUCACCGUGAAGGUGUUGCUAAAAGCGCACCCAGAUCACGAGUCUAAAAGAUAAACAAACUAUAACAGAAGAACAGAAGGAGAACUUGGUCGUAGUUUAACAAUGAUGGCGUGACUUGACUAUACUAGGACUUUACCACAAGUGCCUCCCAUUUUCUUUUUGUUUUGUCGAAGCCGUUUGUAAUGUCAGUUCAAAGCCAUAACAAACAAAUAGUGAUUAUUUAAUUUACAUACCUUAGUAUUGCUGAAAGACAAGAGCCCCUUGAGGAGAGGCUCUGUAUGGUAUGCCCUACAGAGCCUACAUCUUGAGGAGUGAUUCCAUUUGAUUUAGUUCACUCAUUAGUGUUUAACAAUAUGCCCCAAAGCUUACAUGGCCGUGACUAACUUAGAUUCACAACAUCACUAAAAAUUCCUUGGCAAGCUGUCUUGUGGAUGUAUGUUUAUUUUGGACGGAGACGUCGAUGCAAAUUGGCCUUCCUAUUCACUGUGAUGAUUAAAAUUUAAAUCUCUUGACUCAGGACAUGAUGCAGCCAUUUCCCCAGAUGGAGUCCGAUAUGGCCCCACUUGCCAAUGCUGGGGCAGAAAAACCGCAGCCACGCAUGCUUGCACCAGGAUAUUACUCUCAAGAAUGCAAUGCCCACAAGCCUUGUGACCAAGGUUAGUUGAAAUGUGAAGACCCUUUUUCCAUCAGACAAAAAAAAAAUUUACAACGGGAUCAAGCAGAGGUUACGAUCCCUAUAGCGUAUCGUGAAGAUAAGUAGUUGAACAAGCACUUAAUCACAGGGAGCGCAGAGAACGCGGUGGCCAUUGUGUUUGCGCACUGGAGUUUGGAUUGAGAGGUCCAGACUCAAGUCAUUAGUGUUGUUAAUGUGCUCUGUUCUUGUGCAAGGCACUUUCCUCUUUAGUACAGGCCCCUCCUCACCUACCAGGAUCAUUAUUUAUUGGUAGUAAAAAUGAGUACCGUCGAUUUGAAGGGGAAAUUGGACGAUAUGAUGGCCAGGGGUAAACUGCUAUGUGCUGGCAUCACAUGCAGGAGGUGUAGUGAUAUGCCGAAUAGUUUUAUGAUACUUGGCAUAGUUUUCAGCUCGGCUUUGGUAUAAGCUCUGGCAAUAAAAUGAAACUAGUUGAUGGGAUUAUUUUAACUGAGAUUACUAAUCAGAGAACGAAAAUUAAGUUUUCGAAAAGGAUUUAAUGGUUAAAUACUGCCAAAAAAAAAGGUUUAAAAGUACUAAAGUUAGCUCUGAAACGACCAGAGAAAAAAAAACAGCGAAAAUGUGUACUAUCCACAGAGGUCAGUUUGGGUUACUACCUUUUAGGCUUUGCUAUUACGACCACAGAGUUUGUUGAGAUUCCUUGUUUUGUUUCUUUGUGUGAUUUUCAGGAAAGUAUUGUCACAUGUUUCUGUGUGUACACUGCUUAAAGGAAAAUGUGGCCUGCACUCAAAAUGGUCAGUGUUGUCAUGGCCAGUGUACUUAUGGCCGAUGUAAAAAAGAUGCCUCUGGAGGUUCUCCUGGAACAUUCUGUGAUCGACACGAUGAUUGUAAAGACCCUCCUGGAACGUGUUGUGUUAGGUUUGUAUGUAAACAAAGGAAGGGAACAAGUUAAGGUACUCGAUCUCUCGCGGGAUUUUCUUUCCAGAGUUAAUACUACUAAAUCUAUUUUAUAGACUAAAGGAAAUUGCUCUACCCGUAAUAAUUUUACGCAUUCCUUGCAUGUUGUUAAAAUGUUUUAUGGAGAACAAACAGACAUCUUGUGAGAUGUUGGCGUUGGCGAAAUUUAUAAUAGUUUAUGACUACUUUUUAGAUCCUUCUGGGGUACUUGAAACGAGUCAUCUAAUGAUUAUUUUGAAAGGAUCGCCUUAACGAAAAAGGCCACCUUGAAAGUUCAGUCUCCUAGCUUCAUUUUCUCAGUGCAAGGAUCCACAGAGUGACGGCAAAUUGUAAAAGACGCAUACGUGUUGGGAAACUUACAACUAGGCUAUAAAAUCACGAAAUAAGAAAAAUGCGAGCAUGUAGACAAGCAUACAGAGAAGCACGCGUAUCCACCCACCUGUACGCUUGUCUACAUGGUAAUGUUUCGAUGAAUAGGCGGGCUGAUAGACAGGCCAUUUGAGAAAGUUCAAAGGCAGAUAGACAAACAGAAGGGUAGACUGUAGGUUCAUUCGGAGAUGUAUUUGUUUUUUGUUGUGUUAUGUCAUUUCAGAGAACCAGCCAUCAAUCCGCAUAUCUCCGUUUGCAAGCCACCCUUGGAAGAGAACAUGGUUUGUGGUCCCAUCAACUUCUUUAAAAAUGUUUACAUUGGAGCUCAGGUACAAAGAGCUUGCGGCCCAUGCAAGGCGGGACUUGUAUGUAAGCAAGUUGGGUAAGUCAGAACAUUGAUAGGAGAUGCACUUGGCAAGGCACAAUGAUCAUAUUUGAUAAUUGCUUUUAUUGACUUUCCUGUUCUGGAGAAUUUCAUUUUAUAUUAUUUGCAAUCGUCGACGAAAUUUUCUAACUGUGGGUGUUUUUCUUUCGCAGAAUAUUUGGAGUGCAUGAGAUUUGUGUGAAAGAAGAUGACAAGUAAUGAUCUCAAUUUUUUGGCUAAAGUAGAGAGCUUUAUGAAUUGUGUAAGGACUGUAUCAAAGUGUUUGUAAACUUGCCAUCAGAAAUAGGAGGGUCGAAGCAAUGGUUCGCAAAAGUUUGGUAACGCUUGUAGUUGGAUCGUAAGUUCGCAAAUAACCUGUUUCUUUCAAAUCAAGUCUACUUUGCAAGUAUCCUACGUCGGAUACUGGUAAAAGGUAAUUUGACUACAUUCAUGUGGCUAAUGAGUACCCUUAAAUCUAACACAGACACAGUUCGAGAUUCAGGGGAGCAUUUUAUUUUAAACCAAAGAUUUGCAAACCAUUCAAUUUGACUUCUGAAAAUACUCUUUACAUGGCACUGAUCCUUGGAAAUCUGAGCUCAGUGAUUCACGGGAGAACUUAUAACCUCACUAUUUUUAUCGUGUAAAAAAGCGCAUACAGUUGACCACCAAAUCUUUUUUAUAAGAGCUAAGAUAACAAACAUAUACGUCUCUCAUGAUACCACUGGUACUAUUAUUAUUUAAUUCCCUAUUAAUAUAAUUUCUUGUAAUUGGUGUUAAAAAAAGCAAUAAAAUGUAUUUUCUUAUAUUGAU